ACUUUUUUGCAAGUAAAAAUUCACGCCGAAAAUCUGUCUUGAUGGUUGAAGGCAGCCAUUAAUGCGGUGCAGAAUUUAAGUUUAAAUAGUUCAGUAAAAACGUGAUAAAACACGCUAAAUCCCUAGGCAAAGUGUUAACAGUUUGAAUAACUACAAGUUGAACUAAUUACUUCGAUUCCUUAUUCGAGACGGUUGAUACGGGCAGGUAAAAAUAAAGCUAUGACCCGAGGUGGACGUGGCUAUUCCCACAGGGGAAGCUCCCGGGGUGGCAAUUCCUAUCGUGGAGGGGGUGGUGGAUAUCGUGGUUCCGGAUCCGACCACCAUGGUGGUCGGAGCAGUGGCGGCGGCUACAAUGGACGGGACAAUUCGAGAAAUCGAUAUGGCGGUGGCGGUAAUUCGUACGGCGAUUCUCGAUCGUCGCGGUACGAUACCGAUCGGUAUUCCCGGCAGGACAAUCGGCCGGGUGGUGGCUACAAGAGGAAUGACUAUAAGGAUUCCCGAGACCGUCGCUCACCGGACAGGAAACGCCCGAGAACGGACCACUCGCAGGUAAUAAUCAGGAGACGAAUUUCCAGCUACCGAAUGAGCUUUCUAUGUGAUCCUACAGAAUUGUCCUAAAUAUCAAAUGAUAAGUAUGGUCUCAAACUCAAAACACGAGCAACCCUCUAAUGUUACCAUCCUUGUUUUUUCCUUCUAAGCUAAUCUAUUUUUUUCUGUUUACUGUACCUUUACAAAUCCUUGAAUACAAAGAUCAAGAACAUUCUAAGAUCAUAUAGUAAAUUUGACAAGCUUGCUCUAUGAGACCAAAGAGUAGCCAGUAAAAUGAUCGAUGGCUGAAUGAGUAAUAAUCAUGCUAAGACGAUUCGGAAGAAUCAAACCAAAUAAAAUAUACAAACGCUUCUGAAAUUUGGUCGAAACAAGAGCGAAGCAAGGUCGCCAAUCCUACACAGAAUAAUACUGUAAACCCGAUGGUGGAAGAAAGGGUUCUUCUCCAUCGAACGUAAUCUGGUACUGCAGCUUCUGCAAAUCUAUGAUUCAAACAGGCUAUUUGGUGUGUGGAGAGAAAAAAAACAUGCGGGAUACUAAAAUGAGCGCGAUCGCAGCCUUUUCUACUAAGAAUUUUCUUUUUUCGAUGCCCGAUCCAAGUCUUUAGGAACCAGCAAGGUUUAGCAGAUAUUCGCCAAAUAACAUCAUCAUAAUAUGGGACCGGAUCGAACAAACUUUCGUCG